AUGGACAUCUCCGGACGUCCAGAAGUCCGCGGCUGGAUCUGGUUUGCGAUCCAGAAGUCAGUGAAACUGGAACGAGGUCGGGCUGUCUUCUGUGUACCGCGACUUCAUUCAUCCGGGAUUAAGCCGAGUGACUAGGUGGGAUGAACGUCAAUGAGUUAGUACUUAACCGGUGGGAGGAGGUAAUCGCAAAAAGCCCCGAAGUACUUGUCGCGAUGAUUUGAACAAGUGCAUCGACUUCUCACUAUUAACUGGACAUGAUCAGAGGGGGAUGAAGUGAUCCCUCCGCUUAUAAAACCCUCCGCAAAACAAGCCCCUGAACCUCCUCGAAACCGCGGUCUACAACGCACCUAAAGGGCCUUGGUAAUUGUUACUAUUGCGCAACCUAAGCGCAAUUGUUUACUAAAGUUUUGGUUCUUUUAUUCUGUUCCUUCUUCUAAUUACCCGCAUGAAAGGGAGAAGAAUGUAAUAAUAUGAAGAGCUCACAAUUAAGCACGAGCCCAUCCCUCGCCUCUGGACUCAGCAACAAUGCCAAGUUGAGAAGGCCGAAAGUUAGAAGGCCGAAAGAAGAACGGCCUCAGGGGACUGGUUGUCGAUCCCCGACAGUAAUAAAGCGCUGCUAGCGACCGGGGCCAAGUUGGUGGCCGACGUUAGAAAGGCUAGUUGGAGGCUCAAGUGUCAAUGUCUUCCGGCUUCUUCUCCCGCAAAGAAGAAGACAAAAGACGAGAAGCAAGGAGAGGGCAAGGAUCUAUAUAUCUCGCCAAAUCUCCAAGGCCCCAUAAGCGGGGCUUGUCCAUGA